AUGAGGACCGUCGUGACGUUGCUCCUGCUGGUUGUGGCGGCGCUGGCCGAGCCAAUCCAGGUGCACGAGGAGCCGGACGAGAAGCCUGUGGAGAAGCGCGGCCUGAGCGGCGACGAGCAGAACGCGGUGGGCGACGUGGGCUUCGCGGGCACGGCGGGCGGCGAGGGCCUGGGCAAGACGGUGGAGAAGCUGCGGCCGUACGCGGUGCCGGUGGUGAAGGUGGUGCGCGUGCCGGUGGCGGCGCCGGUGCCCGUGGCCGUGCCGCACGCCGUGCUGGUGCCCGUGCCGCAGCCCGUGCCCGUGCACAUCCGCGUGCCGCUGCCCGUCGAGGUGCCCGUGCUGCGGCAGGUGCACGUGCCCGUCGAGAAGCACUACCCCGUCGAGGUCGAGAGGAAGCCCUUCCCCGUGCACGUGCCCGUCUACAAGCACAUCUACCACAUCCCCAAACACCACGAGCCGGUGCUGCACCACGCACCGCACCACCACCACUGA